AUGUUUGAAACUCCUGGGACGGUAUAUAUAUGGGAUUCUGCUACCGGCGUGUGCAUCCAAACAUUCGUCACCCGAAGCUGCGAGAGUCUGAUCGAUAUUAAUUUCACACCAGACGGCGAUUCUCUCGUUUCGGCAUCUGGAAGAGCGGUGCAAUUCUGGGAUGUUUCUACAGGCAAAUGCAUACGAGAAUUUGAGCCUCAUUGUGAAGAAGUUCACGAUAUAGCACUUUCCGCCGGUGCGAGUGUUGUUGCCUUUGCUUUGAAAAAUGCCAUACAAGUUUGGGACUCCAGUAUUGACGAGAACAGUAAAGAGGGUCGUCACUUACUGGCCCUAUCGCCAGAUGGAAAAACACUAAGCUCUUCAUCAUGGGCCUCUAAAAUCAAGGUUUGGGAUGCUAUGUGUGGAUCCUGCAAACGAGUCAUUGAACCACCUGCCUUUGCUUCGACUUCGCACUUGUCGCCAAAUGGCAAAACUUUAGCAGUCGCUCAGGACGGUAUUCAUCUGUGGGAUAUUGCCAGCGGCAAUUCCGAGCAAGCCUUUGGCAAUUUCAAAGGAGGCACAUCCCUAGCAGGCUUCUCACCGGAUGGGGCCAUUUUUGUUGCAGGGUUUUUCACUGGGAAAGUGCACCUGUUUGAUGUCUCAACCAGGACUUGCACCAAAACUUUUAACCAAGGCAUUCCUGCCCAUAGGUUCGCUUUCUCAGGGGAUGGAAGAUUUUUCGUCUUGGCUUCAUCGGGGGGUAAUGAUCCGAAUUUUCGAUCUUGCCAGUUCCGAUGA